UUUAAUUUCCUCUCGAGAGUGUUGAAUUCCUCUUUGGUUCUACCCUUCGCAGGCACAGGCAGGCUCAUAUAGUGUCUCAGUAAUUUCAGAGGUUUUUGCUUUGGUUUUGAUGGCCCUGUAAAAAGCUUAAAGGGUGCCUCCACUGACAUAUUACCAGCCAGCAGAAGUCUGUAUGGUCGUCAUCAAUGCAAAGUACAUUCAUUUAGAUGCAGCCCCCAGUAUCCGUCUGCUCGCAGCCAAGUGUUCUUUCCCUCUCUCUCUCUCUAAAAAUAAAAAAAAAAAACCCUAAUUUAGAUUCCAAAUAGCCAGCCCGGGCCCCUAUUUUCUCACUCUUUAUAGAAUUAAACUUGGAGGACAAGGGAAAGAGGGGUGAGAAAGGGUUUGUUUUCUUAGUUUUGGUGAGAAAGAAAGGUAUGAGAGUGGUAUGGAGGUGGAGGAGAUUGAAGCGCGGGUAAGCAAGUUUCCGAGGUUCAGUAAUGGAAAUGGAAGGGGGGAUAUUUGCGACAAGCUGCAGGUAGCCCAAAGUGGGGAAGAGAAAUACCCGAACGAUGAGGAAGACGGAGGGGGAGAGGCCAAAAGAGGCGAAAUUGUGGCCGGAUCAGGUGGGCUUGGCCUUCUUUACGGGUGGCCGUCGUCGAGGAUUGUUAGGGUUUCACGGGCAACCGGAGGAAAAGAUCGGCACAGCAAGGUAUUGACCUCUAAAGGCCUCCGGGACCGGCGUGUUCGCCUCUCGGUCUCCACAGCUAUUCAGUUCUAUGAUCUGCAAGAUCGGUUGGGUUACGAUCAGCCGAGCAAGGCGGUGGAGUGGCUGCUCAAGGCGGCCACCAAAUCCAUUGACGAGCUUCCACCUAUAAACACCUCGUUCCCUCAUACUCCCAAACAGCUGAGCGACGAGAAGAGGUCCAGCCCUGCAGCAGUAGGUACUACUACUACUGAACAAGGUUUUGAUGAUGAUUCAGCCGAACUCGAAUUAGACCACCAUUGUUGCGAUCCCAACAACUAUCAGCUGCAACAGCAACUUUCAUUGUCUAAAUCCGCUUGCAGCAGCACAUCGGAGACGAGCAAGGGCUCCGGUGGUUUAUCCCUAUCCCGCUCUGAAAAACGCACGAAAGCACGAGAUCGAGCGAGGGAAAGAAGAGCGGAGAAAGUAAAAGAGAAAGAGAGUACUGAUCAAUCCCGUGUCAACAAUAUUCACCCAAAUCUCAACCCUCUCUCCAACCAAAAUUCUUUCACCGAACUGCUUACCGGCCGCGGCAUGAACGGCGACACAACUAGUCCCAAUAAUGGUUCGGCUGAACAAAAUCCUGGAGGUGGUGGGGAGGCUAAUUUUUUUCAGAAGUCGGCAAGGCUGCAGUGGUCUUCAGCUCCAAUUGAAUACUUCGCGCCUGGGCUUCUUGCUUCAUCGUCUUCCCGGAACUCAUCAUCUGAUGGGUUGUCUGGGCAAAUUCAACAGUCGAUGGCCGCCGCCACCAUUUCUCCCUUCAGUGUUGGGGGAGAUCAGCAUAAUCCAACAGAUCAGCUGCAGCAUUUCUCUCUUAUUCCGGACCAUUUCAUCCCGGCUGUCGCCACUGCAGCAGCAGCUAGCUCGGACUACAACCUGAACUUCACCAUAUCUUCUUCCGGCCUUGCUGCUGGUUUCAAUAGGGGGACCCUUCAGUCCAAUUCACCGUCUCUAUUGCCUCACCUCCAGAGGUUAUCUCCUAUAGUCGACGGAUCAAACGUACCCUUCUUCAUUGGCACCGCAGCUCCAAAUGCUGCUGCUGCCCCUAUGGAUAAUCAUCAUCAUCAGUUCCCAGCUGGGCUGGAUGGCCGCUUGCAGCUCUUUUACGGCCACUCCGACCACAAGGAAAAAGGAAAGAACUGACUCCAUCUACAAGCUACUUCCUCGCGGCCCAUCUUCAAGUCUCGGAUGCAGAUGCAGAUGGAUCAUGGAUGGGGAGUAUGAAGCAGCAGCGUGAACAUGAUGAAUGAUGCAUGUGUGAAUUCACAUGCAGCCUUCGAGUGGGAUCCUUGCUUUUGAAGAAUUAAUUAAUUAAUGUCAUAAUUAUAUAUUAUUAUAGGCAUAGGCUUCUACUGGUUAAGAUAUUAAUUUUUAUUUAUGUUUUCUUUUAUACAUUCUCAACGAGCCCGCCCGCAGCAGUAUCACCUAUAUUUCAAUA